UUGUGGUGACAGUGACAGAAUAAAUAAAAUAAUUUAUUUUUUUAAUAAAUAAAAUAAUUGGCGGGAAUUAUUAUUUUUUAAAAAUUUAAAUUUUUUGAUAGUGAUGAAGUUGGAAAAUAAUACGAUGAAAGCCGUAAGGAAAAGUCGGGAAAAAAAGGACGAUGAGCUUGAGGAUGUCACGGACGUUUUAGGAACAUCUGGAGCCGCUAGUAUUCCAUUAGGUCGUCAUUGCCCGGAGCAAUUGGCAACACUUGCAGCGACGACACGAUUUACUCGCAAGGAAAUUCAAUUAAUUUACCGGGGGUUUAAACAGGAGUGUCCUACUGGGCUUGUUGAUGAGCAGGGAUUCAAGCAAAUUUUUUCACAAUUUUUUCCACAGGGUGACGCCAGUCAGUAUGCUCACUAUGUAUUUAAUACAAUGAAACGAAAGCACGCUGGAAAAAUAAGUUUCGAGGAAUUUUUGACGAUACUCUCAAAAGUAUCUCGUGGGUCAGUCGAAGAAAAACUACAAUGGGUUUUCGGGCUCUACGACCUCGACGGCGACGGAUUGAUCAGCAAAGAAGAAAUGCUCGACGUCGUCGGGUCAAUUUACGAAAUGCUCGGGCGUUACACGCAGCCGCAGAUCCUUGAGCCGCAGGUGGCUGCCAAAGAACACGUCGAACGAAUUUUCCAUUUAAUGGACGCAAACAAAGAUGGAGUUGUAACAAUCGAAGAAUUAGUGCAAUGGUGUUCAAAAGAUGAACAAUUACUCCAAAGCCUCGAUACACUUGACACCGUAUUAUGAAAUUUCUAAUUCUAACCAUAUUUCAGUAUUCAAAAUAUAUAUCAUGGUAAAAAUUUUUUUUAUACUUUUUUUUAAAAUAUUUUUUUUUUAGUACCAAAAGGCGAAAAUAAUUUUUAAAAAAUUACGGAAUCGAUCUUACUUAUCAACUUAAAAGUCUUAUCUUUAAUGUUUAACUUAAUUAAUAUACAUCUACAAGCCUUUAUGUCUUCUUUGAAUCUUUAAUCUUUAAAGUCUAUUCU